AUGACCAAUAACGAAAGUAAGGACAGGUGUGAACAACUACCUCAUCUAUCAUCAUUACACUUGCCCAACAAUGUAGAUUUCUUGGAUGAGAUCAUACUUGAACCUCUAAGCUCAACUACAGCGACACAACAACAGUUGUUGUCACCUUUAAAGUCACCUGUUAGGUCAUCGCAAGGUGGUAGUGUCACUCAAACAUCAUCGUCACCUUCAUCAUCAUAUGAUAGGGACAGGGAUCAAUAUCAACAAGAUGAAUACUAUUGUACUGAUUGUAAGAAGAGGUUUCAAUCUGAACAGACUUGGAACACUCAUGUCAGUAGUGCCAAACAUAUACAACAGGCCAAAGAGAAUAAGAAGAAGACUGCAACUACUACAGGAGGCGGUGGGUCAAGGUCAUCACCCAAUCCCAAGACACCUCCACAUAAACAACAGAAUACAACAACAACGACACCGACAAAGACAACAUCAAAGACAUCAGGUACAGGUGAUGACCCAUUCUCAAAGAAACAGCACGAGCUGAUGACCAUCAUUCCUUCAAAGCCCAAUCUCACUGUCAAGAAUCUGUUCCAAGCAGCCAAGAACUAUACUGCGCAUCAUAUGAUAAGAGAUGCUGCUGAAUGUCUAUCAAGGAUGCUCACAGUAUUGUCUUCCUCCAACACUUCAGUGGCCACCAACAACACAUCGACCACAUUGACAUUGGACAAACUACCACUGGACCUCAGGGUGGAUGUGUUGGCCAAGCUCAGUCUGGAAGCCAAGACACAUUUGAACUUUGGACGUCUGACUCGAUUGUUUGAUCAACGUCUGUCAGAGUAUCACUUUAUUAAAUGCUUGAUCAAGUCAAAUCUACUGCUGACAGGUGACACUCAUCAUCAAAGACUCUCAAUGCUGUGCGAUGCCGAGUACCUUGGCCGUGUGAUGGCUGCCCCCUUGGCAGUCAUGGAAAGACUUACGAACGCAGUCCAUUCAAGCAUAAUAUCACUGGAGAGCGAUGGUGACAUCCUUAAUGAUGAUAUGUCCGAGUCAUCAUCAACAACCACCUCAUCUUCUUCAUCAACAAAUAUGAUAAUCGUCGAGACAAUGGUUACAUUCAUAGAUGAGAUUGCCGGUGCACUAUCAUUCAAUCGCGUCAACAACCUAUCCAUGCUACUCUACUCCCUCUCAUAUGUCAUUUCCAGCGAGUACCAGCUCCAUCAACGAUCAAUCACCGCCCUCCAAAGACUCACCAGGUUGCUAUUUGCUCAAGGUCGUGACCAUGUCGUGGCGGACAUGUAUACGAUGCAGUUUAAACUAGUGGACAGUCUUGGAUUUAAUGAAGGCGCUCAACUUGCCAUGAUACACUCUUUAAAGUAUGCACUAGGUUGUUAUGACCUUGUUCGAGUGUCCUCUAUCCUUGGCACUUGGAUGAACAGUGGUGCAAAGUCAAGAUCAACAUCAUCAACAUCAACAUCUUGUUGGCCAUCACUCACAUUGCUCAUUGGCAUAAGUGAAUCUGUUAUCAACAAUGAUACAUUACAAUUUGAUCAACUCUUUGAUCGAUAUGAACACGUUCUAUCACAUGAUCGUGAUAUACACAAUGUUAUCACAAGUGUUCAACAACAAACUGGACUGCCAGACACCGACGUCAACAUCAGCUUCCUCCUCGACUUCUUCGAAUACCUCGACUACCUCGACGACUUCAACAACCUCAACAACAACAACAACUAA